AUGGUAGGCGAGACAGUAGCAUACAUGCAAGAUUUUGCCUUGGCUUUUCUUGUGGAGAAAAUUUGGAGGGAGCAACUCUGGAAAAAUGGCAUUAUAAAAUCAUCUCCAAUAGCACCAUGGACAUGUCCUGAAUGCGUGGGGACUGAGGAGGAUCCCAAGUGCAUUAUAUGUCAGCAAUAUCUUUAUCUUUCUGCAGUUGUAUGUGAUUGUAGGCCAUCUGCUUUUGUUUGUCUUGAGCACUGGCAACACAUCUGUGAAUGCAAACCCAGCAAACAUUGCCUCCUUUACCGUCAUACAUUAGCAGAGUUAAGUGACUUGCUGCUCACUGUUGAUAAAUCCAAUGGUGAGGAGACUCAAAGGAGUAAGGUGCUCCAGCAAAGAUCUUUCUCCAGCGAAACAAGUUCUUCAGUGAAAAAGGUAAAAGGUGGCCAUGCUACUUUGGCUCAUCUUGCGGAUCAAUGGCUGUUGCAGUCAACCGAUGCUCUUAAAAAUCCUUUCUCUAAGGAUAUUUAUCAAAAACUGUUGAAAGAAGCUGAACAAUUUCUUUGGGCUGGUUUUGACAUGGAUCCUGUACGUACCAUGGCAAAGAAGUUAGUCGACGCGCAGAGGUGGGCAGAAGGUGUAAGAAGUUGCCUUGCAAAAAUUGAAAAUCAUUCUUUGGGCUCUACUAAUGCUUUGGAGAGGGCAGAUUUAGAAUAUGUCACUGAAUUGUUGAGUUUUGAUACCAUGCCGUGUAAUGAGCCUGGACAUCUUAAAUUGAAGGAGUAUGCUGAAGAGGCAAAGAAGUUGGCCGGAGAGAUUGAAUCUACUCUUUCGUCAUCUUCAAAGUUAUUGGAGUUGGAAAACCUUUACGAUAGAAGCUGUCGCUUAGGAAUCCUUGUCAAAGGAAGCGAGAAACUGGCACAGAAAAUUUCUUCGAUGGAGGUAAUUCUCUAUCAGGAUUGAUUUUGUGGGUCAAGAUACAUUAAGCCAUAUCCCUACAGUUACCUAAAUUGUCUCUUUUACGCGGUGAGAAAAAUGUCAU